UCUAUCUAGAGGCGCAGCGAAGGCGGCAGAGGAGUGAAUGGUGAAGCAAAGUAGGGUUUUUAUUGCAGCUCGUUUGUGUUUUCGAUUUCAUCUCUGCGGAAUAAUUUUUGGACUAUUGCAAGCAUAAGGAUUUGAAGGAACAAGUUGCCUUUUGAUGCUAUGAUGCAGAAAAGGCAAAUAAGCGUCCAUCAUCUGUUAAACAAACUCAAGCAUGGCUGUGAUGUACUAUCUCUUUGUAAGGGGCUGUCUCCUCAAUUUCAUCAAGUUGUGGUUAUUCUUGUUGGGGUUGGAGUGGGAGUGGCUGGUCUAUGUGUGGCUAUCCGGAAAGGGUACUUUGGAUGGUCGGACAUUCCAGGUGCUUCUGGACAAAAGGGCUCUUCUGAGUUCAUAUACUAUGUUGCCGGACUGCAAAAUCUUGGAAGUAACUGUUUCUUAAAUGUAAUCAUGCAGGCACUAGCUAGCUGUAGCUGUUUCUAUCCCUUUCUUCAAGAUAUACUGAUCGAUGGUGAUCUGUUGUUGGAUCAAAAGCCUGAAAAGAUGCCCCUCAGAGUUGCUUUAACUUCACUAUUGGAAGAUCUAUGUGUUGUUCGAGAUGAAAAGACUGUGCUUAACCCACGAAAGGUGAUGCUAGCAAUGGGCAACUAUGUCAGCAGCUUUAAUUUAACAAGACAGCAGGAUGCUGCUGAAGCAUUUCUUCAUCUUUUAUCUUCAUUGGAAGAGGAAGUUUUACAGUACUAUGUGCCGCUUGACAGUUCUUUGGCAGACAUUGUGUCUUUGCCUUCAAGGAUUCAUCAGCCAAUAAGGGAAGGUCUGAGUGAUUGUGCACAAUGGCGAAAACAUUACAUUGGACCACUUGCCGGAACUAUCAGUAGCAUUUUGGUCUGUAGAAGUUGUUCAUCUGUGCUCUCAAUGGAUAUUGAGUCCUUCCACUGCCUCCCUCUCACCCCUUUGCAGGCUAAAAUCUCAGAUGUGGUUGAUGGUUGUACAUUGGUUGAUUGCAUUAAACAUUUCAUUGCACCAGAGCACGUAGAGAAUUAUCGUUGUGGCCGAUGCUGGCAUGAUUCUGCUAUGAAAUAUUUGUCCUCAAAAAGUCAAAAAGACGAGGAAAAGAUGGAAACCAUCAGCAACUGUGUCAAAAUUGAUUCUUGUGAUUGCAAGAGCCUUUUUCUUCCAGAAGAAGUGAUGUGGAAUGGUUUUUCAGAUGCUGUAAAGCGUCUAAGAAUUGCUCGUUGUCCAAAGAUUUUGUGCAUCCAUCUGCAACGUGCCUCCAUGAGCUCGGAUGGUGAUUUAAUUAAGCUUCAGGGAUACAUUUCGUUUCCCCAAGUCCUGGACUUGUUCCCAUUCACCGAAGUCGCAAUAGAAAUGGAACAACAAACUUUUUUCGAAAAUACAAGCAAACGAGGAAUAGGCCCACAGCAUCUGUUGCCAACACAUAUGCAAUGGAAAAUGCAAAUGCUGUCACAAAUUUACAAAAUCUCUGGUGAAAACAUCGCUCGAGAAGCUUCACUUAAGAAUAAGAUGCAAAAUUCUUUCUGUGAUUCACAUACUGAUUAUCCCUUCAGCAAAAGCGAUGUUGUUCCUGAUUCCAUCAAACCACUAAUCAGUGGUGGUUCAUCAAGUUCUUCAAGGAAAAUUCAGUAUCACCUUUCAUCGGUUGUUGAACACUAUGGAAGGCCGGAAAGCGGUCAUUAUGCAGUUUAUCGGAGAGUAUCAUUUGAUUCCGCCUGCAGUGAAACCCCGGGACAGCAAUGGCUGUACAUAUCAGAUGAUAAAGUAUCAAGAGUCUCAGAAGAAGCUGUUUUUACUGCAGAAGCAAGCUUGCUUUUCUAUGAAAGACUUGAAGAACACUUAUAAUUCUACCAUGUUUUUUCUUUUCUCUAUUCAAUUCGUAGGCAAAAGAUUCAAUCUCAAAUGAAAAGAAGUCUUUGUAUGAAAAAAAAUAUAUAUAUAUUCAAACAUUAUGAUCACAAACAAAUUGUAUGAUGAUAUGAUGUACACGUCUUUAGAGGAUGAAAAGUUGAUCACUUCACUCUUGUCUUGAUA